AUGGCAUUCCCCCUUCCUUCCCUCCCAAGAAAUUUCUCGAAUGGUUUACUGAAGUUACGAUCAUCUUUGAUGACUUCUGGUCUUUCGAAACAAAAUGUGGCCGGACAUCUGCGUAAUUUUUUCGCUUCCCAUGGCAUACCGAAGAGUAAUCCUAAUCUGAAUGACCUUCUCCGUCAUCUGGUAUCGGAAACUGGUUCUCCUGCAAUUUCCACUCUCAUUUCUUCCAGCUCAGAAAAUGUGGUUACGAAAACUGACAAAUCGGAUGGUGUUUCUGUGGUUACUGCUCAUCUCGAAUCAACUCCCUCUUCUCUAAAAAGGCCUCUCUCUACAAUGAGUGAAGAGGAAAGCGUUGGAACUUACACGCGCUACCAAACUCCCUUGUUUGAGGCUAUUAAUGCAGUUCAAAGAAACAUGUUGGACACAUCGGGAGUACCAUCUUUGCGUUCCAGCUUUCUUGAGCACGGCAUCUCCUCACACAAUUCCCCAUACGCUGAUGCAAUUGGAUACGAGGGCGAGAAAUUGGUCUAUCAGAGCUUUUUAGCGCGAAUUCAGAGUUUGCAGGAUUUCGAUUUUCCUACUGGACAUCCUGAGCUAGGGCCGGGUAGACUGAUUAAAGCCGAGUGGUUGAAUUCCUCUGCAGAAUCGAGACAACCCUUUGAUAUCGAAAUCUACCUUGAAGUGAAAGGAUCAAUUGAAAGCCUCGAUUCAUCAUUCAGGAAGGCCAUAUCUACUGGUGUAAUCAAGCAGUCACCCGAUUCGAAUAGCCUCCUUCAUGUCGGACCGAUCUUUGUUGAAGUGAAAUCUACUAGUGUUUCGUCAUCACUUGCUGGUGACUCUUUCAAAGAACGUGGUGAUCUAUUUGAGAUCUCAUUAGCUGAGGUGUCUUAUGCUCAGAAGAUGGAUUGGAGAUUCCAUGUCAUCCGGUACCGUCAUAUUCGAGAUGAGAAAAAAUCUGAAAUGCUACACGUUCCAAAUCUUGCCUUAGCUCUGCUGCGCGACCCACAACACUUUCAUAUAUAUAUUGGAAUGAGGGGCUGA